GCCUCCUUCCUGCAGUGCGCAGGGCCAUCGGGGCGGGGGACGAGACGUGGCCGGGCCUCAGGGAACGCAGCCUGCAGCUGGCAGUCUGGCCUGCUCUACCCUUCUUGCUUUCCCCCCACCAGAGCCCCAGACCCUGCCCUGCCCUUGUCUUCACGUGGACACCAGCCCUGGCUUGUUCGGUGUUCACGCUCGCUGGGCACCGCUGGGGCAGGAUCCAGUCUUGGACAGGUUUGGUACUGGCUUGUUUAGGGGUCUGCCUGGGAAUCACCCGUGCCGUGGAUAGAAGCAACUUUAAGACCUGUGCAGAGAGUUCCUUUUGCAAGCGUCAGCGAAACAUACAGCCAGGCCUCUCUCCAUACCGAGCCUUGUUGGAUUCUCUGCAGUUUGGUCCUGAUGGCCUCACAGUCCAUCUGAUCAACGAGGUCACCAAGGUGCUGCUGGUGUUGGAGCUCCAAGGGCUUCAAAAGAACAUGACUCGGAUCAGAAUUGAUGAACUGGAGCCCCGGCGACCCCGAUAUCGUGUGCCAGAUGUGUUGGUGGCUGAUCCCCCCACAGCUCGGCUUUCUGUCUCUGGCCGUGACGACAACAGUGUGGAGCUAACUGUGGCUGAGGGACCUUAUAAAAUCAUCCUGACAGCACGGCCAUUCCGCCUUGACCUGCUAGAGGACCGCAGCCUUCUGCUCAGUGUCAAUGCCCGAGGACUCUUAGGUUUUGAGCACCAGAGGGCCCCCAGGGUCUCUUUCUCGGAUAAAGUUAGUGUCACGCUCGGUAGCAUUUGGGAUAAGAUCAAGAACAUUUUCUCUAGGCAAGGAUCAAAAGACCCAGCUGAGGGCGAUGGGGCCCAGCCCGAGGAAACACCUGGGGAUGGUGACAAGCUAGAAGAGACCCAGGGGAAGACAGAGAAAGAUGAGCCUGGAGCCUGGGAGGAGACAUUCAAAACUCACUCUGACAGCAAGCCGUAUGGCCCCAUGUCUGUGGGCUUGGACUUCUCUCUGCCAGGCAUGGAGCAUGUGUAUGGGAUCCCUGAGCAUGCAGACAGCCUGAGGCUGAAGGUCACUGAGGGUGGGGAGCCGUAUCGCCUCUACAAUUUGGAUGUGUUCCAGUACGAGCUCUACAACCCCAUGGCCCUGUAUGGGUCUGUGCCUGUACUUCUGGCACACAGUCCUCACCGGGACCUGGGCAUCUUCUGGCUCAACGCCGCAGAGACUUGGGUAGACAUAUCUUCCAACACUGCUGGGAAGACCCUGUUUGGGAAGAUGCUGGACUACCUGCAGGGCUCUGGGGAAACCCCGCAGACAGAUGUGCGCUGGAUGUCAGAAAGCGGCAUCAUUGAUGUCUUCCUGCUGCUUGGGCCCUCUGUCUCAGCUAUCUUCCAGCAGUACGCCAGUCUCACAGGGACCCAGGCAUUGCCCCCGCUCUUCUCCCUCGGCUACCAUCAGAGCCGCUGGAACUACCGGGACGAGGCCGAUGUGCUGGAAGUCAAUCAGGGCUUUGAUGAUCACAACCUGCCUUGCGAUGUCAUCUGGCUAGACAUUGAGCAUGCUGAUGGCAAGCGGUACUUCACCUGGGACCCCAGCCGUUUCCCCCAGCCCCUCACCAUGCUUGAGCACUUGGCCUCCAAGAGGAGGAAGCUUGUCGCCAUUGUGGAUCCCCACAUCAAGGUAGACUCUGGCUACCGUGUACAUGAAGAGUUGCAGAGCCAGGGCCUAUAUGUUAAAACUCGGGAUGGCUCUGACUACGAGGGCUGGUGCUGGCCAGGUGCAGCUGGUUACCCCGACUUCACCAAUCCCAGGAUGAGGGCCUGGUGGGCUAACAUGUUCAACUUUGACGAUUAUAAGGGCUCAGCUCCCAACCUCUAUGUCUGGAAUGACAUGAAUGAACCAUCUGUGUUCAAUGGUCCUGAGGUCACCAUGCUCAAGGAUGCCCAGCAUUAUGGGGGCUGGGAGCACCGAGAUGUGCAUAACAUCUAUGGCUUCUAUGUGCACAUGGCAACUGCUGAUGGACUGGUGCUGCGCUCGGGGGGUGUCGAACGCCCCUUUGUCCUGAGCAGGGCUUUCUUUGCUGGCUCCCAGCGCUUUGGAGCCGUGUGGACAGGGGACAACACUGCUGAUUGGGACCACUUGAAGAUCUCUAUCCCUAUGUGUCUCAGCUUGGGGCUGGUGGGACUUUCCUUCUGUGGGGCUGAUGUGGGUGGCUUUUUUAAGAAUCCAGAGCCAGAGCUGCUUGUGCGCUGGUACCAGAUGGGUGCCUACCAGCCAUUCUUCCGGGCACAUGCCCACUUGGACACUGGGCGGCGAGAGCCAUGGCUGUUACCAUCCCAGUACCACGACAUGAUCCGAGAUGCCCUGGGCCAGCGGUAUUCCUUGUUGCCUUUCUGGUACACCCUCUUCUAUCAGGCCCAUCGUGAAGGGAUUCCUGUCAUGAGGCCCCUAUGGGUACAUUAUCCUCAGGAUGUAACAACCUUCAGUAUAGAUGAUCAGUUCCUGCUUGGAGAUGCAUUGCUGGUUCACCCUGUAUCAGAUGCUGGGGCUCAUGGUGUACAGGUCUAUUUGCCUGGCCAAGGGGAGGUGUGGUAUGACAUUCAGAGCUACCAGAAACAUCAUGGUCCCCAGACCCUGUACCUGCCUGUAACUCUAAGUAGUAUCCCUGUGUUCCAGCGUGGAGGGACAAUUAUACCUCGAUGGAUGAGAGUGCGGCGUUCUUCAGACUGUAUGAAGGAUGACCCCAUCACUCUUUUUGUUGCACUCAGCCCCCAGGGUACAGCCCAAGGAGAGCUCUUUCUAGAUGAUGGGCACACAUUCAACUAUCAGACUCGCAAUGAGUUCCUGCUGCGUCGAUUCUCAUUCUCUGGCAACGCCCUCGUCUCUAGCUCAGCAGACCCCAAAGGCCACUUUGAGACACCAGUUUGGAUUGAGCGAGUGGUGAUCAUGGGGGCUGGAAAGCCAGCAUCCGUGGUACUCCAGAAGAAAGGAUCUCCUGAAAGCCGCCUGUCCUUCCAGCAUGACCCUGAGACCUCUGUGCUGAUCCUGCGCAAGCCUGGCGUCAACGUAGCAUCUGACUGGAGUAUUCACCUGCGAUAACCCAAGGGAUGUUGGGGGUUGUGAGGGGUGCUAUUGUGAUGAGAGUUACUGUUCCUUCUGCCUUGGAGUUUGACCCUCCCUAGACUUCACUGUUUUUAUCCCAAGACCCAGAUUCUGCCAGCAUCUGGGCAGGGUGAGAGGGCUGUCUCUGGGCUCUGAAUUCCUCUUGUGAUCUGUCCUCUUCCAUCCACUGACACCAAGCCUCCCAUCAUCCCCCAACACUUGCUCUACCUGGAGCAUAUUCACCUGUGAAAACUUGGGGACCACAGGGCCCUCGCUCUCCCUUACUUUCCCUUUCUUUUGGGGGUCCUGAAUUCUUCAGACCCUAUCCACUCAUGCCUCUUGUGUGUUGAUGCCAUUUCUUGGAAGAAGUUGAGGGCAGUGAGUUUUAGGGUUCCUUUUCUCUUAUCCCUUCCUUCCCUACCAGACUGACUUCCCUCUUUUUAUUUCUUCCUCCUGGCUCUUCUUUGUCUGCCCUCCCCUCUUUAUGUCCCACUGAUACACUGGGACCACCCCUUACCUGAUAAGGGAUGAAUGGGUCAAAGGAAUGAGAUUGCUGGAGAACUUUCUCUUCCCUCUGGUUCCAGCCUUUCCGCUCCCCCGUUCCCUCUAGAGCUGCUGCAGCUCUGACUGGGGCAGUCUACCUCCCCUGUCCCUUAAAGGAAAGAAGUUUCCACUUCUUAAGUGGGGGUGGGCAUUAAACUUAUUUUGUCCCCUUUUUGUCCCCUUGAGGGGCAUUCAAGAUGGAGAAAUCAGUUCUGGUUUCAUUGAAUCACAGCCACCUGUAUUUAUUGCUGGGAGAAGGCUGAGGGUGGGGAAAGAUGAUCAUGUGUGCCCCAGGGGAUGGGGGGAGGGCUAACUGGGGAUGAGGGGACAUAUUUGUGACAAUUUUUUUUACUUCCUCUUGGCCCCCAGCUGUGACAGGUUUUGAUAAAAGGAGAAACAAUAAAGAGAAACAAUAACU